GUCGUGACGUGAACCCACGUGACCCAACGUAACCCGCAUUCAGCCAAAAAGUUAGAAAUUGUUUUAAAAGCACGAUUUUCCUUUCAUCCUGGUAAAUUUAAAAAAUAAGACGUGUUAGCUGACAAAGUUAUGUCUGUGUCACUAAAGGAAACUUUCCUCUACUUUGCUUACGGGAGUAACUUAUUGAAGAAACGAAUACGUAUCAACAAUCCAUCGGCCCACUUUAUAGGCAUCGGUAAACUGGAUAAUCAUCACUUAGAUUUUAUCAAGUAUUCUGAAAACUGGCGAGGUUCUUCGGCUACAAUAGUUCCGGUAGAAGGAUGUCAUGUAUGGGGUGCUGUUUGGCAACUGGAUAUUAUUGAUAUGCCUGCUUUAGAUAUACAAGAAGGUGUUGACACAAAUUGGUAUUUUCCAAAAACAGUCGAUAUUAUCACACUUCAUGGAGAAACACUGCAAUGUAGGACAUAUCAGCAAACAGUCAAUCCUGUUCCAUGUAAAAAAAUUGAUGAAUUGCCAGAAGAAAGAAGACCAUCUUCUACUUACUUAGAGUGUAUUCUUACUGGAGCAACUGAAUGCCAGUUGCCAAAUGAUUAUAUUCAAAAUUUGAGAAAAAUACCUCAUAAUGGAAAUGAAGCAUCACCUAAGAUGAUUGAAAAGUUGAAAAAUUAAAGUUUCUAUUUUAUUAUUAUGAUAUUAAGUAUUAUUUAG